UUGCUCCAUUUGAUGUGCCUCACAGUGAUAAAAGACAAUGAAUUUGGGGGAUAAUCCAUACGGCAACGGCCUACGAUAUGCGGGCUUCAACCAGGAUCAAGGAUGCUUCGCCUGCGCCACCGACAAUGGCUUCCGGGUGUACAAUUGCGAUCCACUGAAAGAGAAGGAGCACCAGUACUUCCCGAAUGGCGGCCUCGGACACAUAGAGAUGCUCUUCAGGUGCAACUAUUUGGCCCUCGUCGGAGGCGGAGUAGUUCCUCUUGCGCCGCCCAACAGAGUGCUCGUUUGGGAUGAUCUGCGAAAAUCCUCAGCCAUCAAUCUUGACUUCAACACACCUGUGAAGGCUGUUCGGCUGCGCAGGGACAGGAUUGUCGUUGUUCUUGAUGGCAUCAUCAAGGUUUAUUCGUUUGUUCAGCAGCCCCAGGAGCUCUUUGUGAUAGAGACUGGGCCCAAUCCAUUGGGGCUGUGCGUUCUCUGUCCCAGCAGCAACAAAUCCCUGCUCGCCUAUCCGGGGAGACGCGUCGGGCAUGUGCAAAUCGCCGAUCUGGCCAACUACGGGAAACUCUUGCCGCUGGAGAUUACCGCUCACGAGGCGACGCUCAGCUGUCUGGCGCUCAAUCUGCAGGGCACACGCCUGGCCACGGCCAGCGAGCGCGGAACCCUGAUCCGCGUCUUCGACACAGAGACUGGCAACAAAGUGGCUGAGCUGCGUCGCGGCACGAAUCAGGCCACAAUCUUCUGCAUCAACUUCAAUCACGAGUCCACGCACCUGGUCGUCUCGUCGGAUCACGGCACAAUUCACGUGUUCGCGUUGGACGAGACAAAGUGCAAGGAGAGCAGCAGUCUGCCCAUCAUCCCCAAGUACUUCUCCAGCAACUGGUCCUUCUGUAAGUUCUCCAUACCGCAGGGUCCGCCCUGCAUUUGCGCCUUCGGAGCGGAAAGCAACUCCGUCAUCGUCAUUUGCGCCGAUGGGCACUACUACAAAUUCCUCUUCAACAACAAGGGCGAGUGCAGCCCGGUUCUGUGCACGCAAUUCCUCGAGCUGAGCGAUGACCAGACGGAUGAUCAGCACACCUAGACAGAAGCUGACAAUGCCGCAUAGAGCGCAAAGAGAGAUUAAGUGUUUUCUGAUCAUCUUCAUGUGGUUUACUCCGAUGAAAAUCCUAUAUUUUGAGAACAUUUGUAUUACAGUGUUGUCACGAUGAGAAUUACUAAUGUUGUUAACAGUAGAUGAGGUAAACCAAAUAGGCGGUAAGCGUAGGUGAGAUAAGGUGGACAUUAGAGAUGAGAAUACCUGUAUUGAAGUGGAAUAAUAAAGAUUAUUCAAUAUCUACUGAGAAA